GUGACUAAAUAAAACCUAACCUCUCUUGUCUCAGCCUCCAAAGUCCCCAUCACUUGAUCAUUAUAGUAAAAAGAGUGUGACAGUCAAUAUAUUUAUGUAUAAUAUAGGUUUCUACUUAUGGUGAUGUUAUGAUCUGGAGUUUUUCUUCUCUUUACAAUUAUAUUUUCUAUUACCAACAUCUUGAAAAUGAGAAAUCAAUUUUGGAAUUUUCUAUUUUCUCUGGUUCUACUAAACUUCAUAUCCCAAGUACGAUGUGAAGCUACAAGACCGGUAACGAUGAUCCGACCAGAGUCACCGAUUCGGCCUGAAGGUAAUACAACGUUCUUGGACGGAACAACAUGGUGCGUGGCUCGACCAAGUGCGUCUCAGGCUGAGCUACAGAGAGCUCUUGAUUGGGCAUGUGGUAUUGGGAGAGUUGAUUGCUCAGUCAUCGAGAAACAUGGUGACUGUUACGAGCCGGAUACGAUAUGGUCGCACGCAUCCUUUGCGUUUAAUGCGUAUUAUCAAACCAAUGGUAACAAUCGCAUCGCUUGUUACUUUGGUGGAACAGCUACACUCACCAAGAUAAACCCGAGCUACGGAACGUGCUCCUAUGAUGUAUCCAAAUCGGAAGUCUCCUCCGCAAGAUCUCUAGCAGAGUACAAGCCACGGUGGAUGUGGCUGAUGUGCAUAGGACUUUUAUUGUUUUUAUAUCGGCGAAGCUAGCAUCUUCACGGAAAAAAGCCAAUAUUGGUCAAAUAUAUCAGUUGUGCCAGAAUAUUUUUCCUAAGAGAAAAGGUUGCAAAGAUUUUGGUUUUCUAGCAGUUAAGCUUUAUGUUUAGUUCUUCGCUUUCCUCUUGGGUUUAGAAUCUUACAAAACCCUUAUAUUAUUCCUUCCUUAUUGUUACGAAAGGUUAUUUUCAUGUUCC